AUGUUUCGUCGAAAGUUAUACGCCCUUGGUCAUCCGAAUCCCGAAGGAAAUUACCAAGAAGAAUCAAAACAAAAGAGCCUUGUGAUCUGGCUUGAAGGACAGUUUAUCAACGCAUACAAGCCAGAGGACAGAGCCUGCUUGAAAGAAGUCAACUCUGCAGAUUGGGAGAAUGAUUUUAAGAAUUAUUUGAAUCAUGUUGAGUGUCCCUUUACUGACAAUUUGAAAUAUCAGAUUGAGUGGCUACUUGGAAAAGCUAUCCAGGCGAAAUAUCAGGAAGAUCAAAGCUAUGCAACAUACAAACCAGAUCAACAAAGAAAAACUGCAGUCCCACACGAGUUCAGAGAGGGACUAGCUCAGAUGGCCAAGAAACUACAAGUACAGGUCUACCAAGAUGAUCUAGUUGUCAGCCUAGAGGCCUGCAGGCUAGUCGUUGAGGCAGUUGUUACGAGCCGCGAAAAUGACCUCGAAAAACUACGUGGAAGGAUGCUUCCAAAAGACAAAAUUCCACUGGGUUUCGACCUCGGCGAUAAGGCACUCAACGAAGCAGCUCUUGUCCUUAGACUCCUACACAUUGAACAGUUGCGAAAGCUCCAAACUGAUGCCAAUAGAGCUUUAGUCAAAAUUCAACAACUCACUGCAAAUCCAAUUACUGAUACGAACCUUGGCCAAGUCGGUCGAGGUUGA